AUGAACUCACGUUUCGAAAUUUGGCGCCGUUUUGAACGUCCCGCCGGUUCGUCCUCACGACUCGUCUUGUCUGACGCGGCGAAUUGUUUUCCGCUCAAAAUGCGUCGGAGACUCUUUUCAGAAUCCCAGAUUGAAAAGGAUUAUUUCCUUUCAAAUAUCGAGCAGCAUAAAGUUGAAAAUAUAACCAUCAGCGCAUUCUAUCAAUCACGAAGCUUGACAGUGCUUGCAUGUAUAUGGCUCGGUUUGGCUGCCGUAGCGUGCUACCGGAAGGCCGACGGGGACCAGCCCGACGAAGAACAGCGAGUCCCCGUACUGCGAGUAAUCGUAUUACGAGACGGUCUGGAGGUAAAGUCCUCUCUCUUCGAUAAGAGUGUGAAAACAGCAAUGCGUUUCCUCCAGGCGACCAGCAUGGAAGCAGCGAUGCUGCCUUCCAUCGAGGAAGGACGGGUUAAGAAAGGUCGGCCCUCCACACCGAUCGCCCAACGGUUGACCGUGAUCGUCGACGCAUUCAAUACGAUGGAAAUUCUCUUAAAACCAAAGAGCCAGUGCUGCUCAAAAGGCACCUACUGUGCGCAGCCGCAUCAGGAGUCAGACAGUAUUGCCAUACUCCCUGCGCCCUCAGGCCAGACCGGCCCCCUACAGCCAAGCUUCAAUGUCUGUACUCUGUGUCAAAUUGGGCUACAGACAUCCCUUGCUGAAACCUUACUUUCCCUCCCUAUCGAUGUAUGUUUUGUCUUUGAAGCACGCAUACAAGACCCCACUUUGGUGGGGCUCCUCAAGCCGUUUAGGACGAUCCCAGAUGUUCCACAUUUCACUCUUCUGGCAUCCGGUGAUCCUGAUGUAGUCGAUCGUGGUAUCUACGGUGUGGUAGUCGCCCUCAGCCUUGAGGCUGAAAACGUCUUACUGGACUGGAUCCCAGUAAGCAGUCGCCUUUGCGCUGUGCGGUUGUCCGACCCGAUUAAGAUUAACGUCGCAUACGCCCCAACAGGUAGCAGUUCUGAGACUGAGAAGGACGAGUUUUAUCAAAAUCUGUCACGACUGCUUCGGUCGGCAAGAAGGAUGGAUAUAUUAAUCCUGGUGGGUGAUAUGAAUGCCCAAGUUGGACGACUAAUUUCGGAAGAAGCACAGUUAGAUGAUCCAUUUGGAGUCGAUGCUGAGCGUACGGAUAAUGGAAAGCGGCUUCUACAGUUGUGUGCAGAUCGUCGUCUGCUCCUGGCCAGUACGAACUCCCAUACAAACGCACACAUCAGGUUACUUGGAGGCCACCUACCACAAGACAGUCGUGGACUCAUUUGGAUUAUGUGGCUAUCAGUUACCAAUGGAAAGCUUCAGUUAAGGAUUGUUUUUCCUUCUGGGGGACCUUUCACGCGUCCGCAUCCGGCUGUCUGGCGUGUUGUCUUUGGUGCUAGCCUCUUCUACUUCUUUGCUCUGGUUCUAACCGUUUUCUUACGCUUGGAAGAAGCACGCCAAAUCAUCAUAUGGCUGUACCCGGAACUGAAGUAUAUGAAGCACUCCCACAUACUGGACAAGGAAUAUGCGGUCAAUUGCAGCCAGGUUACUUUUGAACGUGUCUAUUCUCACAUGGACAUAUUCGCCCUGGCACACUUUGCCGGCUGGGUUGUCAAGACUAUCUUGCUCCGACAUCGAAUGAUCGCAUGGACGUUAUCCAUCAACUGGGAAAUCACUGAGAUUGCCUUCUCUCACAUUCUACCCAACUUCAACGAGUGUUGGUGGGACAGCCUGUUAUUGGAUGUCCUAAUCUGUAAUGGAUUGGGAAUUGAGGUAGGCAUGCUCCUGUGUCGUUGGCUUGAGAUACGGGAUUAUCGGUGGGACUCCAUUCGAGAUAUCCGGGGCGCACGUGGCAAGCUGAAACGAGCGGUGCUCCAGUUCACACCUGGCAGCUGGACUUAUACGCGCUGGCUCCAUCGGGACUCCUCGGUCUUGCGCAGUUUCCUGCUGAGCCAACUUAUCAUUGUAUGGCAGCUGGCUGAGUUGAAUUCAUUCUUCCUCAAACACGUGUUCAUUGUCAAACCAAGCCAUCCGCUUACUCAGCUUCGUCUGUUGUUGAUCACCUUGAUGUCGGCUCCGGCUAUCCGAAAAAAAUCAUCAGAGCGACCGUGUGAUUCUGCACAAAGAUCCACCAAAAAGCGACUGACUCGGCGCUUCAAAGACAACCGCGACAUAUGACAAUAUUAUCUCUACGUUAUCGAUCCACAUGUCAAACGUGUCGGUUCUCAGCUGUGGCUGUUUAUUGCAACCGUACUCACCGAAACUCUGGUUUGCUUCAAGCUGGGAAGUGAAACUUUUGAGCAUGCUAUCUUGUGGAAUCUUGUGUACUGGGUUAUUUGGAUGAUUCUCAGUUCAUUUCUCACUGUUUGGAUAUGCCGCUAUUUGUUCGCACCUGGCUCUGGCACACCACCUACCGUGAGUGCACCAACUAUCCCGCAAGCGCGUCCAACCCAACCGACCAUCGAAGCUCUCACAUCAUUCAAAUUGGAGCCUACUCAAUUUGCGGGCAAAGAUUGUGAGAAUGGUUCCAUAUCGCCCUCCGCUGUUUCUAUUCGUCAACGCCCAACUCCCAUUGUGCAAUACGAGCGGUAGCCAAUGUUCCUCGUGAUGCACUACUGUUCACUCUAUUCAGGUUCCUAAAUCUUAAUGAUUCCAUCUCUAUUUCAUCUUGUCCCAUCCAUAAUCGACCUUGCCCAUCGCUGGAUGCAUUCGCAAACUCAUCAUCCACGCAGAUUCUACACAUUCCUUUGCCUCUGUAUUUGAUCGGUGCCAAAACAUUGUUUUAUUUUGAACUAGAAUUGUUUGUCUAUUGCCUAUCUCUGCAAAGACGGCCAUCUCUAUCUGUUCCGUUGCAGCCCAUCACCCAGCAACUGCAGUUGUUUGUACUCCCUCUCUCUCUCUCUCUCGGAACGGUAAAGGUUGUUUUCCUUCGUGUGAAACUUGGUGACUUUCUUGUCAGGCAUUUGAACAAUCCAAUCUGCAUUGACGCUGUUUUUAUCUUUUGUCCAUCCCACAUUGCAUUUUCUCCGAAAGACCUUCUGAUCUCUGGGACCUCACGAAUAAUCGAAUGUGGAUAUCGUUCAGAAAAAUGAAUUGCUGAAGUUGCCUUUCGACAGUAUUGAAUUGUUUGACCAGUAAUUCCUCUUCCCCUGUAUUUGGCAUGUUUUUACUCUCCCAAUUGUUUCUUUGCUUCCAGAAGCCUCGCGCUUCACGCCUACUGUAAGACGUUAGUGAUCACAUGAUCCGGUGUACACCAGCGACACAUCGUCGGUCUGAAGUCCAUUUGCGUCCAAUCUCUUUGACUUAUCCUUUGGAUACAAACAAGUGGCUACCUUGUGUUGAA